UUAGAAUUAGAACGUGUAGGAGAUACAUUAAAGUAUGAGUUCAAUUAAAUAUUUUAAGUUCAUGUGAACUUAUUUUGUAGUUAAAUAACAAUACAAAGUUGAUAAAUAGUUAUCAAGUUAUUAUUUAAAACAAGACGUAAUUUAGGUUAAUCUAAUCAGUUUAUAGUAAAAACCAUUGGAACAUAUUUGUUUAUUUCAUAGUAUUUAACAGAAUAUCUAUAUAAAUUUCGAACAAUAUUGUGUUCAAGUUUAGUUUAUAUUCAAAAAAUGUCGGAUAUUUAAAGUGAAAAAAAAUAGUAUUAAAUGUAAAAUUUAAUUGUUGUUAUCUCUAGUGACGUCCAUUAUUUUUAUAAUAAUUUUCACAUAUCAAUAAACGUAAAAAUAAAUAACUUUAUUAUUACAAAUAAUUUCAUUGUAUACUCUUUAGAAAUAUUAGUAUUUUAUCAAUCAAAAUGAAUUAUCUCAGUCAAAACGAAAAAUAUCAAUAUAUACAAGAAUACGAUUCUUGUUUGAAUACAUCUUCCAACUACGAAAAAAUAAUAAAAAUAGGUCAGGGUACAUAUGGAGAAGUAUUUAAAGCAAGGAAUCGACAAAGCAAUAAAUUUGUUGCAAUGAAAAAAAUACUAAUGCACAAUUUGGGAGACAAUGGGUUUCCCAUCAGCUCCCUGAGAGAAACGAAAAUUUUAAGACUUCUCAAACAUAAGAAUAUCAUUAAUUUAAUUGAAAUCUGUAGAUCAGCAGCCACAGAUUCAAAUUAUCCUUCGAUAUUUUACCUUGUAUUUGAUUUCUGUGAACAUGAUCUCAAUGGUUUACUUUCCAACAAGGCUGUAAAAUUUAGUUUAGCAGAAAUAAAAAUGAUCAUUAAGCAAUUAUUAAGCGGUCUUUAUUAUAUUCAUGUUAAUAAGAUAUUGCAUAGAGAUAUAAAACCAUCAAAUAUACUUAUUACAAAAGAUGGAAUUUUAAAAAUAGCUGAUUUCGGUUUGGCAAGACCGUUUAGUGAUAAAAAUCCUGGAAAUCUAGGUAAAGAGCAAGUAGUAACGUUAUGGUAUAGAGCACCUGAAUUACUUCUUGGAGAUGAGAAUUAUGGACCGCCGAUUGAUUUAUGGGCAGCCGGAUGUAUAAUGAUUGAAAUGUGGAAACGGACUCCAAUUAUGCGAGGACAUUCUGAGCAACACCAACUUUUUUUAAUAUCAAAUUUAUGUGGUUCCAUCACUCCAUUUAUAUGGCAGGAUGUAGAAAAACUUGAAUUAUUUAGCAAAAUGCAACUACCUCAAAGAAAAAAAAGAAAAGUUAAGGAAGAACUCAAACCUCACAUUGAAAAUGCAUACGCACUAGACCUUAUAGAUAAUAUUCUUGUAAUUGACCCGAAGAAGCGAUUUGAUGCAGAUACAGCAUUAAAUCAUGACUUUUUCUGGACAGAUCCAAUGCCAUGUGAUUUAUCUAACAAGUUAUCUCAACAUAAUCACAGUAUGUUUGAGUACUUUACAUCUUCUCAGAGACUACAAAAAAAACCCAGUGAACCUGCCAUACCUUCUUUCAAUGACAACGGCUACCAAGAUCGUAUUUUUUAACUAAUUAUUGGAAUAAAGGACAGUAUAAAAAUAUAUUUUUUAUAAAUAUUUUAAAUUUGAACUGAAAAAAAAUAAUAAACAACAGAAUAUUAUUAAAACUUUUAUUUUGUAAAUUU